GUCCAUAAAAAAUCAGGGAUUCGAUGCGAACGAAAUGCAAACUCAAGGCGAGAUCUCUGGCUAUGUGCCGAGAUUAUGACACGAUCCGGAAGUAGGAAGAUGGCGCCGAUCACAUUGGUUGAGCUACCCGACCUCGUUCUGGAGAAAAUCUUCGGAUACCUAUCCUACGACGAAAUCGCGUUGAAACGACUGGUGUGUAGCAGGUUUGAUGAGGCAUGCCAGGCUCUACUGAACAAGGGAUUUCGCUCUGUGACGCUUUAUCAUGCCAAAUGCACACGGGAGAUCAAAGCCCGCUUGCCACGAAGGGAAUCCGAGAGGCGCUUACAUCCCCUUGCUCGUCAUGUGGACAUUUUAGCAGCAGUUGAGACACGACUUUCACUCUUGGGUAUGACCUAUAUGAAAUAUGUGGACAUGAAAAUCUGCUGCUUCAUCCCAGGCAAAGUUCUAGAUGAGAUAUUGCAUGUCUUAUGGUCAGUGGAGACAAAUCCCUCCCCUCCUCGUUCGGGUGAAAUCCUGCAAGAGCUACGGGAUAUUUCUUCCAUGGCAAUGGAGCACUUUGAUGAGAAAAUUGUGCCAGGACUUAAAGCCAAAAUGGGUGUGGGCUCAAGUGACUAUCGUUCCUCAGGGCUAGUUGCAGCAUCUCCUGUGUUGGCAGCCUUACUCCAGCCUUCCAGUGUUGACACAAGCCCAUAUGGUGGUUCUUGCAUUCCAAGCACCUCUGCCUCUGCCAGCAAUAUGAGACAGAUCCCUCUCCCUCAUUCUACUAAGCAGAUGCUCAAGAGCUGGUUGAUGUGUGAGAUGACCCGCUUGGUCGAGUCCAACACAAAGUUGCUACGCAAAGAGUUUUCAGACCAGGCAAACAAACUGGACAAAAAGUUUGAACAUCAAAUCAAGGCACUUGAAGAGAAGAUGAAUGAUGUGAGUUGUCAGAGUGAUAUCCGCACGGAGUUACAACGCAUUCAAGAGGACGUCCGAGCAGAAUUGAGCCGUGUGAGGGAAGAUGUGAUGUCUGGCCUUGUUGCUCCAUUGAGUGAGCAGGGAGUCCCCGCUCCCCGUCCACCGUUGCGACGUCGGGCGGGCACCUCUUACCACGCUCCAUCUAGGCCUAUCCUUUCCACUGCAGUUCCUUCUGUUUCUGGGAAAGAGCCAUUGGAUGUGAAUAGGAAACGUCGUGCUGCAGCCCUUGCCGGUGAUGCCAAGCGCAAGAUGAUGUCAACUGACCACUAAGUAUAUGAUCUGGUUGUGAUUGAUAUGAGUGAUACUUUGAGUUUAUUCUCCCUUCAUUGCUGUUGCUUGAAUGGUGAUGGACUGUGAUGAAUAUGCUGGAAUAAUGGUAGAUGCACUUAAUAUCAUUUUCAUCAUGGUUCAUUGCAUUAUGUGACAGAGAAAUUAACGUAUUGUGAUUGAAAGAUUAAGCAUGGCACCGGUUCAGCCUUCAGAUCAUUUAUUAUUUGCAAUGCAUACUUCAUGGAAAUUGUCAUUGUAUGGCCUUUGAUAGAAGAGUAACUGCAUGGUUGCAUGCCAUAAAUACAAAGUUAUUUUUUUCUUAGUGAAUUAUGAAGGCCAGAGGAAUUUAAAAGUCCAAUCCUUUCAUAAAGAUUUAUUUAUAGGAAAAGAACAGAGUGCACAAUUCAGCAUAGACUGACAUCAUCUAUAUGUAUACCCUUGUCCUGAGUCCUUUUCCUGUGUCUCUGUUUCUUAAAUUGCAUAAAUGUGUGUGUAGGAGAAAGAAAAUGUAGUGUCCUGACCUAUCAACAGACUGUCUCCAGGGAAGAUUAUUUGCCAUCAUACACCAUAGUCACAAGAAUGAUAUGGAUGGUUUGCAUGAUCAUGUACUUUUAAAGUUCCUCAUUCUUGACUCCAUCUCAUUUAAAAAUGACUUGCUGGUAUUGGAUCAAGGAGAAUACUGUGAUGAAAGUGUAGUGAUGGUGUAAUAACAUUCGAAAUGAAAG